AUGUCAACUUUACUCAAGCUGUUACUCGGCGCGAUCGCGUCGACCAGCGUCACUGCAGCGCAGGUUACGGUCAAGCUCGACGACGCGACCGUCAUCGGGACGCGCAACGGGACCGUGACGCAGUUCCUCGGGAUCCCGUUCGCGCAGCCUCCGGUAGGAAAGCUACGUCUGCAGCUGCCACAGCCGAUCCCGCGCUUCAGCGGGACGAUCAACGCGACGACGUUCGGGAACCAGUGCAUACAGCAGAGUGUGCCUCCGCCUGACAUACCGCCCGGCCUGCCUGCGGCGAUCUCGACCUUCCUCGGGAUCGGGAAGCCGAACCAUGACAGCAUACCGGCGAUCCCUCAGAGCGAGGAUUGUUUGAACAUCAACGUCAUCGUUCCGGCGGGCACGAAGCCUGGGGAUAAACUUCCCAUCGCGGCGUGGAUAUACGGAGGCGGAUACCAGGUUGGCUCCAACGCGGUACAACCCGGGGCUGUGGUUGUAAACCGAUCUAUCGAGCUCGGGCAGCCUAUCAUCUUCGUGGCCAUGAACUAUCGUCUAAGCGCAUUCGGCUUCUUGGGAGGGCAAGAAAUCCAGAAGGCGGGACUUGGGAACCUCGGUCUUCAAGACCAGCGGGAAGCACUGCGAUGGGUGCAGAAACACAUCUCGGCGUUCGGUGGAGACCCCACGAAGGUGACCAUAUGGGGCGAGAGCGCGGGCAGCCAAUCCGUCGCGUUCCAGAUGGUCACGAACGGCGGCCACACCGAGGGCCUCUUCCGCGCGGGGUGGAUGGAGUCCGGAUCGGCCCUCCCUUCGGGCGACUUUUCUAAGCUGCAGCCCACCUUUGAUUUCAUCGCGUCGGAGACCGGAUGUGCUUCCGCGAACGAUGUGCUCGAAUGCCUGCGCCAGGCCCCGGUUGAUGCCAUCACGGCUGCCAUGAACAGGACGCCGACGUUCCUAGGAUUCCAGGCUCUUAACACGCCAUUCAUGCCCCACGCCGACGGGGUGUUUCUGCGCGACAACCCGCAGAAGCUCGUGCUGGAGGGCAGCGUCGCCGACGUGCCGUUCGUGAUUGGGUCGAACGAGGAUGAAGGCACUCUGUUCACACUAGCAUCGCUGAAUCUCACCACUGAGCAGGAGCUGACUGCCUACCUGAAAGGCAACUACUUCCCCAACGCGAGCGACGCGACCAUCGCGCGACUCCUGGAGCUGUACCCUGCGGACCCAGCAGCGGGAUCCCCCUUCGGUACCGGGGACAACUUCACGUUUACGCCGGUCUACAAGCGGCUCGCCGCAUUCCAGGGCGACUUCAUCUUCCAAGCCACCCGGCGGUUCCUGCUCGAUCAGCGCUCCGGAAAGCAAGUCGCGCGCUCAUUCUUGAGCGAGCGCAACAAAGUCACGGGCUUGGGCGCCGCGCAUUCCACAGAACUCGCUAUAAUCUUCGGGGGGCAGGACAUGACCGACUUCCUGGUCCGCUUCGUCAACACUCUGGACCCGAACGGCGGCCCGGAGAUUCACUGGCCGGCUUACACGUCGGAGUCCCCGCAGCUCCUUGCGUUCGUCGACGGGGCAAAGCCUUUGGAAGUGAUCCCGGACACCUUCCGCAAGGAUGCAAUGGACUUUGUCACACAGCUGGGUCUUGCGCAGCCUAUCUAG